GCGAUUUUCUGUGUUUUUGCGGUGCGAUACGUAUUUUAAAUUGAAUUCAAAUAAUGCAAUUACUUUAAGGCGACUAUGGAUUUUACUCCGGAAUUAGCCGCCUUUCAAGGUGUGAUAAUAUCUGCAGACAACGUGCAUUCGUUCGGAAGAUUGAAGGAAAGAGGCGGUAAUGAAGAACAGAUACACUAUGUCGUACAGACAGUGCGCAAGUUUCUAGAACAAGAAAAUUACAUUUCUCAAAAUGGCAUAACCAAUGAGCAACAAGUGCGUAAAUUCGCAUUUUAUCUUAUCCUCAAUGCAAAUCUGGAUUCACUGCAGCGCCUAGUAGAAUAUGAAGGAAUAGAAUCCAUUAUCUGGACUAUUCCAACUGUGCAGAAUACAAUACUGAGUGAAUUACUAUGGACUCUUCAUAUGGAAAGGUUUGUUUAUGAUGGCAUUGCUUUCAUAAGCCCACCACUAUCUUUAGAUCUUGGCAGUGCAUUAAUAGACAACAUUAAAUAUUGCACACCAUCUGAAAGCCUGGAAAAGUUAAAAAUAAUCUCAACAGCUAUUUAUAGACAGAUUUGCAGAUAUAACUUUUUCAUCUUAGAAAAUGAUGUUUUGUCCGACUUAUUGUCAGCUGCUCUAGGCAACUUCCAAACCUGCUUAAAUUUUUUCUAUGAUCCACCAAAAAGUCACCACCUGGCUAAUCUUAGGAAAGAUGAACUGUACAAAUUCAAAGGUGAUAGUCUUCGUACAAUGUUCCAUGUGAUUGACGAAUGUAUUUCUCAAUUCACAAACAUUCAACAGUUUGCUCCUCCAGAAUUCAAUGAGAUAUAUUUGCUGUCAUAUAAAAUUGGGACCUACAAGGAUGAUCCUUUAACAUUCCCACCAUGCAACAAUCCAGUUAAACCUAUACUGGAAUGCUUGGAAAAAUGCAAUGAAAUGCUUCUUGAUAUAUGCAAGGUUCUUGUAAUGGGAAUCAGUGUUGAUAUAUUCUGUGCCUGGAGUGAAUUUGAAGAAGAUGGAAAGACAAUGCAGCAAAAUAUAGGAGAACUGUGCUAUAAUAUACGUACGAAGCUUAUGAGCGUCAAUGUUCUCAGUGAACAUCCAGUUGUGAAUAUGAUUCAACAAAUAUCCAGGAAACCUGUAGAGAUAUGCGAGCUUAUAAAAGCCAGUGACAGUGACACCAUUGUGGCUAAUAUCAUGAGAAAUGAUGCAAAUAGUAUCGAGUGGCUAAAAGGUUUACCGCAUAAAGACAAGGUGUGCUGUGAUGUAGCCUUAUUAGAACAAUUAAGUUCCAAAUUGAACUUCUUUGACGAAGACGAAUGCUACAACCUGUACAAAAUCUGCAAGACACAUCUCAACAUACAUUCAGAUAAUGCAGACAAUGUCAAAUCAUUAGCAAUCAAGGCAUUUCAAAGAUGCAAAACACAUUUGAAAUAUCAAAUAAUGGAAGAACAUUUUAGUAACAACUGCUUUAACAAUUCUAUGGAAACAACGGAAUUUAAUGAAAUGUUGAUUGAAAUAUUCAAUAAAUUCUUUGCAGAAAAUCAGGCAGAUCUUUCGGAUGUGUUGACAGUAUUUUUCCAAAAUCCACAGAUGGUGUUUACUAAAAUAUUUAACUUGUCAGCUGAAAGCAGUCAGCAGAGAGACCUUAUGCUACGAGUAAUGUCGUUAUUAAAAAUAUUCUCAGACCAUUACUAUAAUGAGGACACUGAAGCAUGCAUUAUUCGGGUAGCCGAGACGGUUCUUGAAGAUCACUUGGACAAUGAAGCUACACAACAAAAUUUGAUAAACUUUAUCUGUGGUUUGAAGAAAUGCAACAUUAUUCCAGAGACGAAGUUGCUUCUGUUGAUAAUAAUGCCUAAACUACAUAAAGCUCUUAAGGAGAAAGACGUUAGUUGCAUACAUUUUCAGUGCAAGUUGUUGUCAGAAGCAUUUACGUUGGAGGAGUUGUUACCGUACCGUGCACCGAUGCUAGCCAUGAUUGCUCAGAUCCUGGAAGUGGUGCGAUGGAAAAUAACAACAUUUAUUGCAGAGUCUCCGCGUGCUCUUGAACUGGCAUUACAGUUGCAAAUAAAGUUGUUUGACACAUAUGAAGGAGGAAUACCAGCGAAAGAAGAAAAUUGGCUUAAGUGCCGAUUGAGGACUUUACACCCACUGAAUUGUUACUAUUACAAAAAGCUGUGGAAUCCAUCCGGCAGGAAUUUCGUUGAAAUUGUCAGUGGCAAAAGCAUUGAUCUUGAUACGGACGCCACACAACUCAUUAGCUGGUUGUCACAGGUCCUGUGCACAACUACCCAACGCGAAUGGCUGGAGAUUUGGGACAGUCUAACAGUGUUCAACGACAAUAAUAAACUGAAGCUCAUCCACGAAGCAAUCCAGCUUCUCACCGCAGCAGAAUCAGCCAACAGGGAGGAGAAUAGGAGUAAUAGUUGGGAAUGCCUGCUCAAUUGCUACAGGAACUUUGUUUACAUUACACGGUAUAACUUCUUCAAGGAACCCCUGACGGAUCACCAAGUUACGAUCGCAUUGACCAAGAUAAUAUCUACAGCCAACCUGAUCCGAGAGGAACACACCGAGCAAUUCAGCACAUCAUUCUUACCAUUACUAGCUUAUAUUGCUGGACGCAAAGCUGACUUCAGAUUAGACCCUGUCAUCAUCCUAUCUGGAACCGUGAAGAAUAAAGCGUUUAAGGACUUUGCUAAAAGGAUAUUUACCAAUGGUACUGCAUAAAAACAGAAAUAUAAAGUUUCAACAAUAACAUAAACUCAUAACUAUAUCCCAAUUGGAGUAGUUAGAGGUACAGUCAUGAGCAAUAUAAUGUACCCACUUUAGGACUCUGUCGCACUAACAUAUUUGACAUUUAGUGAGACUUACAGUUCAAUUUGUCAAAGAAGUUAAUGUGACAUGGUACCAAAGUGUAUACAUAUUAAUGCUCGUGACCGUACA